AUGGGCAUUCAAGGCCUGGCCAAACUGAUUGCAGACGUGGCCCCCGGUGCCAUCCGGGAGAAUGACAUCAAGAGCUACUUCGGCCGCAAGGUGGCCAUCGAUGCCUCCAUGAGCAUUUAUCAGUUCCUGAUCGCCGUCCGCCAGGGCGGGGAUGUGCUGCAGAACGAGGAGGGGGAGACCACCAGCCACCUGAUGGGCAUGUUCUACCGCACCAUCCGCAUGAUGGAGAACGGCAUCAAACCCGUGUAUGUCUUCGACGGCAAGCCGCCACAGCUCAAGUCCGGCGAGCUGGCCAAGCGCAGCGAGCGGCGGGCCGAGGCGGAGAAGCAGCUACAGCAGGCUCAGGCCGCCGGGGCCGGGGAGGAGGUGGAGAAGUUUACCAAGCGGCUGGUGAAGGUCACCAAGCAGCACAACGACGAGUGCAAGCAUCUGCUGAGCCUCAUGGGCAUCCCGUACCUGGACGCGCCCAGCGAGGCCGAGGCCAGCUGUGCCGCCCUCGUGAAGGCGGGCAAAGUCUAUGCCGCGGCCACGGAGGACAUGGACUGCCUGACCUUUGGCAGCCCUGUGCUCAUGCGGCACCUGACGGCCAGUGAGGCCAAGAAGCUGCCCAUCCAGGAGUUCCACCUGAGCCGGGUCCUGCAGGAGCUGGGCCUGAACCAGGAGCAGUUCGUAGACCUGUGCAUCCUGCUGGGCAGUGACUACUGUGAGAGCAUCCGGGGCAUUGGGCCCAAGCGGGCCGUGGACCUCAUCCAGAAGCACAAGAGCAUCGAGGAGAUCGUGCGUCGGCUCGACCCCAGCAAGUACUCCGUGCCAGAAAAUUGGCUCCACAAGGAGGCCCAGCAGCUCUUCCUGGAGCCCGAGGUGCUUGACCCAGACUCUGUGGAGCUGAAGUGGAGCGAGCCGAAUGAGGAAGAGCUCGUCAAGUUCAUGUGUGGUGAAAAGCAGUUCUCGGAGGAGCGGAUCCGCAGUGGGGUCAGGCGGCUGAGCAAGAGCCGCCAGGGCAGCACCCAGGGCCGCCUGGAUGAUUUCUUCAAGGUGACUGGCUCGCUCUCCUCAGCUAAGCGCAAGGAGCCAGAGCCCAAGGGGUCUGCUAAGAAGAAGGCAAAGACCGGGGCAGGAGGGAAGUUCAAACGGGGAAAAUAA